AUGUCCGUACGACUGAAACCAUCGAAAUCAACACCUCGUUUGUCAUCGAUUUCCAUCGAAAAGCUUCUCAAAUCUCACAAAAACCUUUCCACACCCUCUCCAAGGCUCUGGCUUAACCAAGAACACGAACUCAAUGAUCUAGGACUCCCCAUUUUGAAGCUAACACAUCCUCUUCUCCGAGCUUUGGACUCUUCCAAUGGUUUCAGAGAGUUCAACCAGAUUCAGACCCAGCUCGUUGUCUCCGGUCUUCUUCAAAAUUCUCUUGUUGCGAGCCGAGCUAUUAAGAAGCUCUGCUCUGCUCCCAAGACUCUCCCUCGUGCUGUUAACGUAUUUGAUUUCAUUGAUGAACCCGACGCUUUUCUCUGUAACACCAUUAUGAGAAGCUAUGUUAAUUCGAAUGAUCCGAAUUCUGCAAUCGGGUUCUACUACGAGAAAAUGGUGGGAGGUAAGAAUGUUGUUCCCAAUCAUUAUACUUUUCCUAUAUUGAUUAAGGCUUGCGCAGGACUUGGGUCUUUGAGAGAAGGGGAGAAAGCUCAUUCAAGGAUUGUGAAAUUAGGGUUUGAGUUGGAUUUGUUUGUUCGCAACUCGUUGAUUCAUAUGUACUCUUUUAAUGGUAGAGUUGAGGAUGCUCGUGUGAUGUUUGAUGAAGGGUCUGAGUUGGAUUUGGUAAGCUGGAAUUCCAUGAUUUAUGGCUAUGUGAAGAAUGGGGGUCUUAGUGUUGCACGUAAUCUGUUUGAUGUAAUGCCUGAAAGAGAUGUUUUUAGUUGGAAUUCUAUGAUUGGGGGUUAUGUUGAAAUGGGAGAUAUUGAAGCUGCUAGACAGUUGUUUGACGAAAUGCCGAGUAGAGAUGUCGUUUCUUGGAACUGUAUGAUUGAUGGGUAUGCUAGGAUGGUGAAUGUUCUUGAAGCUUUUGACCUUUUCGAACGGAUGCCUUUGCGGAACAUAGUUUCGUGGAAUAUAAUCUUGGCUCUAUAUGUGCGUAGUAAGGAUUAUAAUGAGUGCUUGAGAUUGUUUGAUAGUAUGAUAGAAGUAGGAGAGGUGAAACCAAAUGGAGCUACUCUAAUGAGUGUCCUUACUGCCUCUACAAACUUGGGAAGGCUUGAUAAAGGAAAGUGGGUUCAUUCAUAUAUUGAAAGUAAUAGGAUUAAGCCAGAUGUAUUACUUUCUACUGCAUUGUUGACAAUGUAUGCAAAAUGUGGGGAUAUGGACAUGGCUAGGAAAGUCUUUGAUUUGAUGCAUGAGAGGAGUGUUGUGUCCUGGAAUUCUAUGAUAAUGGGGUAUGGUAUACAUGGGAAUGGAAAAAAAGCCCUGGAAACAUUUUUAGAGAUGGAAAAGAAAGGUCCUUUGCCAAAUGAUGCAACUUUUAUUUGCAUUUUGUCAGCAUGUACACACUCAGGAAUGGUUUUGGAAGGUUGGUGGUAUUUCGAUCUUAUGCAACGAGUUUACAAUAUUGAACCAAAGGUUGAACAUUAUGGUUGCACGGUUGAUCUUCUUGCUCGGGCAGGUUUGGUAAAAGAUUCAGAAGAACUUAUGAGAAAGAUGCCAACGGAGGCAGGACCAGCCUUAUGGGGAUCCUUACUUUCAGCUUGUAGAACUCAUUCAAAUUCAAAUCUUGGGGAGAUUGUAGCCAAGCGAUUGAUUGAGUUGGAACCAACAGAUAUUGGACCCUAUGUGAUGUUGUCAAAUAUAUAUGCAUCAGAAGGGAAAUGGGCUGAUGUUGAAUGUGUUAGGAAAAUGAUAGCAGGGAAUGGGUUAGAAAAGAAAGAAGGGAGAAGCACAGUCCACAUUGAAGAAGUUGGAUCUGAAUCUUCUCUGGAAAAUGGUUCAUUUCAUAGAAGAAGUAUGAUGUACUCAAUGUUGAGUGAAAUGGGUGCUCAGAUGAAAUUUUCUUGUACAAAUGCUCAUGAGUUAGAGAGUCUAAAUACUUAAUCUAGAGAAAAAAGGCUCUGCUAAAGGACUUUUGGAGAUGGAAAAUAUUGAAUUUGAAUACUAGACCAUAUCAUAUAAAGGAAGACAAUGUCAGUAGGAGAAAAUAAUAAAUCUGUAUGCAUUCAAGACAGCAAAUUUGGAUGCAUAUCCAGCAGGUAGCCCUUUAUUAAGAAAAAUUUGUGGCUAUGUACAUAAAACAUAUGUUGUUCUUUAUACUUUGUAGCUCAUAGUCGAUCCACUGUGAAGAAAAAUAAUUUAUCAUUUUUUGGGGCCACCUUUGUUGUAUUUUAAUGACAGUUAAUAUAACUUUGAAUUUUCUCUUUAUUGCUUUAAGGAGUUCUAGUUUUCGAGUGGUAUGCUUCUUCUGCUUCCAUAUAGUUGAGAAAAAUUGGGCUAUGAUGCUACUGGUUUUCUUGAUGUGAUCCUUGCCAUUGUUUUAUAACAAGAUUUGGAUGUUUA